AUGGGAGGGCAUUCUGAACAGGAAAACACGCUGAACCAACUGUUUGUGGAAAUGGAUGGUUUUUCUACCGAAGAGUCGUCUGUGAUAGUGAUAGCCGCUACGAAUAGAGUAGAUAUCUUGGACCCCGCUCUCUUACGACCCGGACGUUUCGACAGGCAGAUUUACGUACCAGUUCCGGAUAUCAAGGCGCGUCCUAGCUUUUGUUCUCUUCCGUUUUCGUGUGAAACUUACAUGGUCGAUUCUUUUAAUGUUGCUUUUCUCGCUGUAUUGUAUAUGUAUUUUCUAAACAUUUUGCAUUGA